AUGACUCCAGAAGAUGAAGAGAAAAUAGAUGCUCUACUGCCUGAAAUCAAAACGGCAAUGAAAGAUUACACAGGAUUCACUGACAAAGAUUUAAAAGAUGCAUUAUGGUUCAAUUACCUUGAAGUGGAACCAACCUUGAAAGAACUGAAAAUUUUCGUUCCUCGUGCUAAUUCUCAAAUAGCUAAAAAGGUCAAAUCAAAUUUUUCAAAACCAAGUCCUGAUGAUGUUAUAUUAGAUGCUCAAAAGCAAGCAUUUGAAGAUAAUAUAAAAAAGAAAGAUGAAGAAGCUGCAUUAGCUAAAGAUGUUUCAAAUUUGAAAAUUACUCCAAAACAAGCUACAAAACCUAAAUUCAAAAUUGAUCUAGAUGCUGAAUUAUCCAAAAGACAAGUAAAACCUCAUACGAGUUUUGUCGUUAUUGGUCAUGUUGAUGCAGGGAAAUCAACCUUGACAGGUCGUUUAUUAUUAGAAAACAACAUUGUUGAUAAGAACACUUACACAAAAUUGAAAAGAGAAGCAGAGAAAGCUGGUAAGGGUUCAUUUUCCUUAGCUUGGGUUAUGGAUCAAACUGAGGAGGAAAGAAAUCGUGGUGUUACUAUUGAUAUUUGUACUUCAGAGUUUGAAACUGAGAAUGGUUAUUUCACUAUUGUUGAUGCUCCAGGUCAUAGAGAUUUUGUUCCAAAUAUGAUUACUGGUGUCAGUCAAGCUGAUAUUGCCGUUUUGGUUGUCGAUUCUUCGACUGAUGCUUUUGAAUCUGGAUUUAAUUUGGAUGGUCAAACUAAAGAACAUACAAUUUUGGCUAGAAGUUUGGGGAUUAAUAAAAUUGUUGUUGCUGUGAAUAAAAUGGAUAACAAUGAUUGGUCAGAAGAUCGUUUUGAAGAAAUCAGAGAUCAAUUGACUGAAUUCCUGAAAAUUACUGGAUAUAAUGAAGAUCAAAUCCAAUUUGUUCCAUGUUCUGGAUUGACUGGUUUAAAUGUUGCUUCAAAACCUUCAACUCCUGAAGAUCAAAGAAAAUUGAAAUGGUAUAAUGGUGAUUCUGUAUUGGGUGCUUUAGAGAAAUCUGAGAAAUUCAAUAGAGAUUUUACAAAACCAUUUGUCAUGUCAAUUGCUGAUAUUGGGUCAAGUUCAGAGUUUACAGGAAGAAUAGACACUGGCACAAUUCAAGCUGGUGAAACUGUUUUGUUUGCUCCGUCAAAUCAAGCCGGUGUUGUCGACUCAGUAUCUGUUAAUAACGCUAGAGUCCCAGUUGGUAUUGCUGGUGAUAAUGUCACUUUGAAGAUAAAGGAUGUUCAAAUUGAAGAAGUUCAAGUUGGUGAUAUAAUUUCAAUUGUUACUACAGAGAUUCCAUCAGUUUCAAAAUUUGAAAGUAGAUUAGUGUUGUUUGAUUUGAAAAGACCUUUACUUUUAGGAACUCAGUUUGUCUUAUUCAGAGGUAAUGUCCAACAACCUGCUAAAAUCACCAAAAUUAUUUCUCUACUGGAUAAAGUUACUGGACAAGUUUCUAAAAAGAAACCAAAACAUUUGGGUUCCCAUCAAUCAGCAAUGGUGGAAAUUGAGCUACUAGGUAGAAAUUUACCUCUACAAUUAUUUAAGGAUAAUAAACAGUUAGGAAGAGUUAUUUUAAGAAAAGACGGUUCAACUAUCGGUGCUGGUAUAGUGGAGAAAUACUAG